AUUGUCGCUGAAAAAUAUUGAAACAUAUUAGUAUACAUCGUUGCGCUUUUUUUGCGAAACAAAAACCUAUCAGAGUCGUUUAUUCGAGAUUUCAAAGUAGAAAAGGGCUAAGAUCCAUUAAACAGUUAUUAUAAAGCUACGAUUUUGAUUGUGUCAGAUGAUAACGAUGGAAACCGAAGAAAUAUGUGCUAAGGAACAAAAGGGAUUGCUGAAAGAACUAUCAAACGCUAUAUCGGGCAAAGUUGAUCGCACUAACAGAGAGAAACAGACAAACAAAGGAUUUGAAUGGCUAAUUCAAUGUGUAAACGUGUUGGGCCAAGUGGAUAAUUUCAUUUCUGAUAGAACGAAGAACUUGAUUCAAAAGCUACAUAUAAUUUAUAAGGACGACGAAGAUUCGUACAGAAAUAUCAACCGUCGUACAUAAAUUUUUAAAGUUUGAAUGUGUGUGUGAACAGAAACACAUAGAAUGUUCUACUGUGAUAUAUCGUUGUUACGCUAAAUUUUAGAACUGAUUUAAUUAAAUAUAAAGCACCUUUUAAAAUCACACAUUUAACGGUUAAUACCGAAUUAUAAUAAUCUUUCGUUCAUUGAAUAUCGAACUUUUGAAUGCCUAAGUACAUGUUAUUACCU